AUGACCGGCCUGACUCCGCCGUCCUACCCCACCUGUUCUCCGACGUCAGCCGGCAGCGAUACCGCCGGAAAGUGCAGAAAAAACGGCCGGUUUUUACCCAGAUUUUCCGGAGCUCGUUCCGGCGAUUCCGGCCACCAAAUCUUGCGAUCAAGGUAUGGUUUCUCACCUAUUUUCCGAGCUCUAGCUGCCUGUUGGGAAGCUUGGCCGGCGGUUUGGAGUUUUCCGGCCGCCGGAAAUUACUCAAGGCACCCACGCGCUGCCGGCGCGUGUGGCGGCGCGUGGGCUAGGAAAAUGGACCGGCUCGAGAGUCCCGAACGGAUAUCGCAUAUCGCGUAUUUUCCGGGUUCGCUGGGAUCGUGUAGGAUUCGACGGAUCGUAAAACGGAGUCCCGGAUACUCCGGAAAUGCCAACCCUGGGGUUAGGGUUUUAGUAACCGUCCGAUCGUGCGAUCGUGAGCGAUCCGACCGUCCGAUCUGGACCAAACUUGCAGGACGUGUGUCCUAG